GAGGAGGAGGAGGAGGAAGAGGAGGAGGAGGAGGCGGCCGCGGCCCCCGUGUUUCUUGCGAAGGGAAGGUUAUUUUCCAGUGAUACGUCCUGGAGGCGCCCGUCGUCUUCGCCGGUACAACCAUAACGCCGCCCGCUUUAAAACGACCGAGACGGGACACGGUGGAUUCAUCGCCGCCACCCGCUCGUACCGCAGCCCCCGGCAAUCCCGGACCGUCCGGCAAACUCGCCUGCAUCAUGGACGCGCCGCUAUCGCAGAGCAUGGACUCCGUUAACACGGUGGCCACCGGCGAAGACGAGGUGCGCACCUUGUUCGUGAGCGGCUUGCCGAUGGACACCAAGCCGAGGGAGCUCUAUCUGCUUUUCAGAGCGUACGAGGGGUACGAAGGGUCGCUGUUAAAAGUCACGAGUAAAAAUGGGAAAACAGCGUCGCCGGUGGGAUUCGUGACUUUUCACACAAGAGCAGGCGCGGAGGCGGCGAAGCAGGAUCUACAGCAGGGGGUUAGAUUCGAUCCUGAUAUGCCACAAACCAUACGUUUGGAAUUUGCAAAAAGUAACACAAAGGUUAGCAAACCCAAGCAACCAGCCGCUGCAGCAGCCACCUCGCACCCCGCUCUGAUGCACCCUUUAACGGGACACCUAGGGAGUCCGUUCUUCCCCGGUGGUCCUGAAUUGUGGCAUCAUCCAUUGGCGUACUCUACAGCUGGCGAAUUACCGGGCACGCUGCAACAUGCGACGCUGGUGCAUCCAGCGUUACAUCCUCAGGUCCCCGCGCCUAUGUCUCUGCCGCAUCCUACGACGUUGACGUCGAUACACGCGUCGCUGCCUCAUUUUCUACCGUCGCCGGCACUGGCGUCACCGGUCGGAUCACCCUCGUCACAGCCGAACAUAGCCGUCAGCAAUGCGCAGUGCUCCACCCUCUUUGUGGCGAACCUGGGCCAGUUCGUAUCUGAACAUGAGCUAAAGGACAUCUUCAGCAGUUUUCCUGGUUUCUCCCGGCUUCGUAUGCACACGAAGGGAGGGUCGCCAGUGGCCUUUGUCGAAUAUCAAGACGUUCGCUACGCGGCCCAGGCGAUGGCCACUCUCCAAGGAUCCUUUCUCCUCUCCUCCGACCGGGGAGCGAUACGAAUCGAAUAUGCAAAGUCAAAAAUGGCCGAGGUGGGCUUUACAAAUCUCUGGAUCGAAGGAUCAAAGAGACAAGAAAACGGCCAACCUUAAGAUUGACAUCAAUGGCAUGUAAAAAGGCAGAAUAUCGGGCAGUCCGAGAAGACGACAAAAGAACGCGCUUUAAGACAGGAUAUCCACCGGAAAACAAGACAUGAGGAAGAACCAUACAAGAAGUCGCAUUGUCGAGCAAUUAAAAGAUUCGUCGGCGAGAGAUCGCGAAAGGACGCAGAAGCAGUAACACACAUACAUAUAUAUAUAUACGAGAAAGAAGGGAACAGAAGAGAUGCAAAAAUUGCGAGCGUGGGUGGAAGGGCAAGAUUUCGCUCUUCCGCCCGAAAGGGACACAGCGAACACAUCGGUAGGCAAAUUCUUGUAAAUUCUUCGACGUUGCAGAACGGAAGUUCGUGCGACUUUAGUGGGGGGGGGGCCCAAUAUAAUCACAUAAUAAUUCCUAGGUAUAUAUAUUUUUUAACGAACUUAACUUAUCGAUUCGCGUACCUACCUUUACCUACUAUUUAUUUUCACCGUGUCUUUGAUCGCGAUCGACGACGACGGAGCGAGAGACAGGGGCGGGGGUGAUAGAAAUGUGGCUAGUGGAGCAUCGAGGAAAAGGCAACAGAAGAAUGAAGCAAGCGAGGAAAUGGAUUUUAUUUCCUGUAUGUGUAUACAUAUGUAAAGAAGAAUGGCACUCUUCGCAGUUACACGCGCACGUCAUAUCGCGAUAUUUGGUUACACGUACAUGUAUAUGUACUAUGCAUACACAAAACACACACCCGUACAAACAAAUACAUUUAUACGCGACAGUCGCGAAGAUUUUUUUCAAACAUACCAUGCCACCCUGGGAUACAUCCGCAUGUACCGUAAAAUUUACAUUCAAAUAAAUCUGUUGGAUGUUCUGGAAACAAAUUUUUGACAAAUUUCUUAAAUAAGUCACAUCGAGCUCGAAUUUUCCAAAUUGUUCAUAUUGUUGAAAAAGUAAUAGUUAUAAGUAUCGAGCUUCGCAAAAAUUAAGCUCAUUAGCACGUGAUUAAAAUACACAAUAAUGCACAAUGCGAAUCCUGGUGGUGGCUCUAACGUGAAAUUGCAUAUUCUACAUAUUGAAACGAAACAAGCGAGGCGAAGAUGAGUACAUCAAGCUUAAUACCAAAGGUGCCCUAAGAAGUGUAUUUAUGUUUUAUCAUCGGCGCAUCGCGCGCAAAAAAUGAGCGCGCGUACAUUUAACUAUUGUAUCUUGUUAAGAAGAGUCUAGUGUGUCCUAGGUGAAGAUGUAGUGCGUGUGCGUGUGCGUGCGUGCAUGCAUGCGUGUGUGCGUGCGUGUGUGUGUGUGUGCGUGC